GCCACCACCACCCGUCGCCGGCCCCAUGGCCGCCAGCUCCGGCGACCGUUCUGCCAGUGCCAGCGGCAGCGGCGUGGGAGUGGGAUGCGCAAGCGGGCGGGACGAAAGCGCGUGCUCCACACCCUUUGUAAGCGCGCCGUCCAGCCCCGCCCGCGACCCGUCGUUCUCCGCUGCCGGUUGCUUCUACAGCGCGCCGGCGAGCCCCGCGCGCGGCGGCCCCGGCACCGCGGACGAGUAUGAGUAUGGCUGCGAGCUGGGAUUCGACUUCGACUUCGACUUCUCCUCGCGCUGCCCGUCUCCCGCCGCGGCGGCGAUGUCCUCCGCCGACGAGCUCUUCCACAACGGCCAGAUCCGGCCAAUGCGGCUCGCGUCGUUCCUGCUCCGCCCGCAGGCGCUCCCGCCUCUCGACGGAGACGUCCCACCGCCGCCACAGCCGCCCUCGGAGCAGCCGGCGCCUGCGGGGGCGGAGGCGGACGAGCGCGGCCGGCUCCGGAGCCGGUCCGUGCACCACCGCCGGUACCGCUCCCUCUCCCCAUUCCGCGCCCGUUGGCUCCCGCCGUCGUCGUCGCCUGCGAAGUCCGUGAAGCCAGCAGCGGCGGGCGAUGCCGAGGCGGCCCCGUCGGCGUCGCGGUCGUCGUCGUCGUCCUCGACAGCGUCCUCUGCUUCCUCGUCGUCCUCGUCGUCAAGAAGCUACUACCGCAGGUGGGGUUUCUUGAAGGACAUCCUCCACCGGAGCAAGUCCGACGGCGGCGGCGGCGAGCGCCCACCUCUCCCCUCCAACCCGUCGCCGGCGCCCAAGAGGAGCCCCUCCCCGGCGGCAUCACGAGGCCACGGGAGGGCGAGGAGGUCGGCGCACGCGCGGCUGUACGAGGCCCGGCGCGCAGAGGCGGAGGAGAUGCGGCGGCGCACGUUCCUGCCGUACAGGCAGGGCCUCCUCCUCGGCUGCCUCGGGCUCGGUUCCCGCGGCUACGGCGCCAUGCACGGCCUCGCCGCCGCCGGCGGCGGCAAGGCCAGACCGUGACGCAUGCCGUCACCAUCCCCACCUCCGUGAACACCUCUCCUGCUCUUCUUCCUCCUUGAGCGGCCGUUUCUUGGAGCUCAACUGUUCAUGGCUUAGUUUAGUGUUAAGUGUUGUAGUGUUAAGUGAAUUGUUGGACAAAAAAAGUUGUCUUUUUUUUGUUGUUGUUGUAUAGAAGAGGGAUCAGUGAGCUGCCUGAUCUCUGGUUGUAGUAAUCUUACAGUGAUGUAUUUUCAAGUGUUGAUGACUGCUGAAAAUGUUGGUCUUCUGCUGGUGAUUCUUUGUUCUAGCUGGAGUUGUUGGGCUGAUAGGUCAUUGUGGUGACAUGGCAAGAACUAGGAGCUAAAAUGUCCUGCUCUAGCACUGAGUUUUUGUUUGAUACCUUUAUAUUAUACCUAUUACAGUCAAUUUGUACA